AUGGGGCACAACCAGUCCUGGACCCCAGGGUUCAUCCUGGUGGGGUUCCCGCUCCGUGCGGACAUGGAAGUGCUUCUCUGCGCUGUCUUCUCCCUGCUGUAUGUCUCCAACCUGCUGGCCAACGGCAUGAUCUUGGGGCUCAUCUGGCUGGACGUCAGGCUGCACACCCCCAUGUACUUCUUUCUUUCGCAUCUGGCCAUCAUUGACAUGUCCUAUGCUUCCGUCACUUUGCCCAACUUGCUGGAAAACCUAGUGAGACACAAGAAUGCAAUCUCCUUUGUCACAUGUACUGUGCAAAUGUUUUUGUAUUUGGCUUUUGCUGCAACGGAGUGCAUGAUUUUGGUGGCGAUGUCCUAUGACAGGUAUGUGGCCAUCUGCCAUCCUCUCCACUACACGGUCAUCAUGAGCUGGAGACUGUGCACGGUGCUGGCCAUCACUUCCUGGGCUUGUGGGUUUUUACUGGCCUUAGGAAAUCUAAUUCUUUUUCUGAGGGUUCCCUACUGUGGGUACCAGGAGGUGAACCAGUUCUUUUGUGAACUCAUAGCAAUCCUCAAAGUAGCCUGUGGGGACAUUUGGAUCAACAAAAGUUUCCUCUUUGUAGCUGCUGUGUUUAUCUUGGUGGGGCCCCUGUCCUUGAUGUUGGUCUCCUACACACGCAUCCUCUUGGCCAUCCUAAAGAACAAGUCAAAGGAGGGCCGCAGCAAGGCCUUCUCCACCUGCUCCUCCCACCUCUGUGUAGUUGGGUUCUACUUUGGCAUCGCCAUGAUGGUUUAUGUGAUACCUGACAAUGGCCACCAAGAUGAGCAGAAGAAAGUCCUUUCCCUGUUUUACACCCUCUUCAACCCACUGCUGAACCCCCUCGUCUACAGUCUGAGGAAUGCCCAGGUGCAGGCUGCCUUCAGCAGGGCAAUGCAGAAGCAGAUGCACUACAAAUAA